UGAACUGAAUAGAGUAUUUGUACAGGGCACUGACUACGGUCUAAAGUCCAUUGAAAUGAGUUUGGGGCUUACACUAGUCAUCCGGGAGGUCAUCUAUAGUAAAAAUAAUGAAGAUUCCAGUAUUCACCGUUGAUGCAUUUACUAAUCUACCCUUCAAAGGGAAUCCUGCAGCUGUUUGUCCACUUUUAUGUAAGCUGCAGGAUGAGUUGUACCAGAAGAUAGCAGCUGAGAUGAAUCUGUCUGAGACAGCCUUCAUUACACGGCUCAACCCAGCCGAUGACUUCAGCUCAGGAGCCCGUUUUCAUCUGCGGUGGUUCAGUCCAACCAAUGAGGUUCCCCUGUGUGGCCAUGCCACCUUGGCCUCUGCUGCUGUACUCUUCUAUAAGAAAAAGAAUAUUAACUCAACUUUGGUGUUUGAGACUAUGAGUGGAGAGCUACAUGUCCGCCAGAAGGGAGACUCCAUAGUCAUGGACUUCCCCCUCAAUAAGCCUGUACCCCAGGUGGCAGAUGAUUUUAAAGAAGUCAUUAAAGCUGCUGUAGGAGACCAUCCAGUUCAAGAAGUGUGUCUCUGUCCCACAACCAAGAAGCUGAUGGUUCGCCUAGAUGAUACCUGCGACAGGUCAGUGCUGACCAGCCUGCAGCCCAACGCUGCAGCCCUGCUGGCCAGUGAGAGCAGUGGCAGGGUGAAAGGGGUGAUAGUCACCAUGCUGGGAGCCCCUCAGUGCCAACCGGGCUAUGACUUCUACUCCAGAAACUUUUCCCCCUGGAAUGGCAUUCCGGAAGACCCCGUCACUGGUUCCUCACAUACUGUGCUGGCGAGCUACUGGUCUGAGAAACUAGGCAAGAAGAUGAUGCUGGCCUAUCAGUGCUCAAGUCGUGGUGGAGAACUGCAGCUGGAAGUGAGGGAUGAUGGGAGAUUGGACAUCACAGGCCAGGCAGUCACCAUCCUCGAAGGAACUCUGUUUUUAUAGUUGUCUAUAUAUAGUGUAACUGGAUUUAAACAAAUUCUAAAUAAUUUGGGUGCAUAACACCUGUGAAUAAUAAAACUGAAAAAUGCUAAAUAAUUAAAAUAAUUUAUUCACAGAAAAUACAAAAUUACACAAU